AUGUGGACUCAGCACCUGCAGGAGGAACAGGAGGAACAGGAGGAGCAGGAGGAACAGGAGGAGCAGGAGGAACAGGAGGAGCAGGAGGAGCAGGAGGAGCAGGAGGAACAGGAGGAACAGGAGGAACAGGAGGAACAGGAGGAGCAGGAGGAGCAGGAGGAGCAGGAGGAGCAGGAGGAACAGGAGGAGCAGGAAGAACAGGAGGAACAGGAGGAACAGGAGGAACAGGAGGAACAGGAGGAACAUAAGGAGCAGGAGGAUCAGGAGGAGCAGGAGGAGCAGGAGGAACAGGAGGAACAGGAGGAACAGGAGGAGCAGGAGGAGCAGGAAGAACAAGAGGAACAGGAGGAUCAUGAGGAGCAGGAGGAGCAGGAGGAGCAGGAGGAUCAGGAGGAUCAGGAGGAACAGGAGGAGCAGGAGGAACAGGAGGAGCAGGAGGAUCAGGAGGAGCAGGAGGUGCAGGAGGAACAGGAAGAGCAGGAGGAGCAGGAAGAACAAGAGGAGCAGGAGGAUCAUGAGGAGCAGGAGGAGCAGGAGGAUCAUGAGGAUCAUGAGGAGCAGGAGGAGCAGGAGGAACAGGAGGAGCAGGAGGAGCAGGAGGAUCAGGAGGAACAGGAGGAACAGGAGGAACAGGAGGAGCAGGAGGAUCAGGAGGAGCAGGAGGAGCAGGAGGAACAGGAGGAGCAGGAGGAACAGGAGGAGCAGGAGGAGCAGGAGGAACAGGAGGAGCAGGAGGAACAGGAGGAGCAGGAGGAACAGGAGGAGCAGGAGGAGCAGGAAGAACAAGAGGAGCAGGAGGAUCAUGAGGAUCAGGAGGAUCAGGAAGAGCAGGAGGAGCAGGAGGAGCAGGAGGAUCAUGAGGAGCAGGAGGAGCAGGAGGAGCAGGAGGAGCAGUGA